AUGAUAUACUCUGGACAAGGAAAUGAUACGUCUGACGAUUUUACUCAUACAGAAUAUGUUGUCGUAAAAUUAAUGGAAGGACUUACUGUUUGUGGUCGAUCAUUGUAUAUGGACAAUUAUUACAAUAGUGUAAAGCUAGCUCCCAUACUUCUAACAAAAGGAACAUAUUGUACAGGAACUUUGCGAGCCAAUAGAAAAGGAAACCCUAAAGAAAUAACUUUGAAAAAAUUAAAAGUAAGAGAAAGUGUUGGAAAGUAUACCAAGGAAGGCGUAUGUGUGAUGAAAUGGCGAGACAGACGAGAAGUUUUAGCUAUAAGCUCUGAGCACACUAAUGAUUUAGUUGAAGUUACUAACAGAAGAGGAGAUCAAAAAUUGAAACCUAAGACCAUUUCUAUGUAUAACAAAUAUAUGUCGGGAAUUGAUAGCAAGACCAAAUGCUAUUAUACUACCCAUGCGAAAGAAAAACUGUAA